CACCAAGUUGCAUUCAUUCACCAACUCAUUCCACUCUCAGGGCUUUUUUUAAUAGCCCCAUGUCGGUCAUGGGAUGGUUUACAGGCUAUUUACUUCUCCCGGAUUGUGGGUUCCUAGGAACCUGUUUCUUCCCCUUCUGUGCCAACUCAGCAUAUUUUGUUUUCGAUGAGGAAAUUAUCCAGGAUUGAAGACCCUAGGGAGGUGUACAACUGGAGGGUGUAUACGAACGCAUUGAUCGCCACUUCCGCUGCAGUCAUGAUUGGAUACGACUCGGCCUUCAUCGGGACAUCGAUAUCUCUCGCGAGUUUCAAAGCGGAAUUCGACCUCUUGAACAAAUCAACCGCAGAGUUCAAUGUCAUUUCAGCCAAUAUUGUAUCGAUGUAUCAGGCCGGGUGUGUUGUCGCCAGUUCAUUAUGAGGCUCGGGUAGUUGACUCUUUCUUUUCUAAAAACAUUAGAUGCUUUUUUGGCGCAAUCAUUGGAUACCCAGUAGGAUAUUUCUCGGGUAGAAAAUGGGGCUUGUUUGUUUCAGGCUUAAUUUUCUGUGUCGGAGCUGCCCUGCAAACCGCUGCUUCCUCGAGUACGGGGCUUGGCAUUCUUUAUGCGGGACGUAUCAUCGCUGGCGUUGCCACUGGUAUUGCCUCUAACCUUGGUCCAAUCUAUGUCGCUGAAAUAUCGCCUCCUGCCAUACGCGGUCGACUCAUCGGAUUAUACGAACUAUGUUGGCAGAUUGGUGGUACAGUCGGCUUUUGGAUUAAUUAUGGCGCCUCUCAAAACAUCCCUGCUGGACGAACCCAAUGGGUACUUGCGUUUGCUGUACAGCUCAUUCCCGGUGGACUCCUUCUCCUAGGAACUCCUUUUCUCACCGAAUCACCUCGUUUCUUGGUGUCUCGAGGGCGAAAUGCACAUGCCCUGAAAUCUCUUUCAUUCCUUCGAAAGUUGUCUCCCGACCAUACUUAUGUUGUAGAAGAAUUGAGCAUGAUUGAGGAAGCUAUCAAGCACGAGAGAAGCUUGGCGGGAGCAGGUUUCUUUGGUCCGAUGAAAACUUGCUUUGCAUCUACAAGGUUGUUGUGGAGAAUCGCCUUGGGGUCUAGUCUCUUCGCAUGGCAGAAUACUACCGGCAUUAAUGCGAUCAACUAUUAUUCACCCACCAUCUUUAAGUCGAUCGGCGUCUCAGGUCAGAGCACUUCAUUGCUUACCACCGGAGUUUAUGGAAUUAUCAAGUUGAUUGGAGCAUUGAUUUGGCUUCUGUGGCUCAUCGAUCGAUUUGGUCGACGGCCUCUGCUUUUCGUGGGUUCUGCUGGAGGGGCGUUCUGCAUGUUCUAUAUCGCUGCAUUCAUUGCCAUCGCCCAACCUGAACGCCAUGUGACAGCGACUAUUUCUACUGGUGGACGCAGUGCUAUCGCCUUCUUUUACCUGUGGACGAUUUUUUACAGUCCUUCGUGGAACGGCACCCCUUGGGUUCUGACCGCCGAAAUGUUCCCUCAGCAUAUCAGAACUUUUACUCAGGCAUGCAUGGCAGCGAGUAACUGGCUUUACGCAUUUCUCAUCGCUCGUUUUACGCCUCAAAUGUUCACCGCAAUGGGGUACGGCGUCUACUUAUUCUUCGCGAGCUUGAUGGUCCUUUCAAUCGCUUUUGUGUUUAUAUUCAUACCCGAGACCAAGCGCGUCCCGCUAGAAAGAAUGGAGGAUCUGUUUGCUCCUGGUGUUCCAGCCUGGCGUGCUCAUGAUCUAGUCAUGAAGAAAAUGAGGGAAGGAGAAUUACCAGGUACAAGAAGUGACGCAGAUAUUUCAGUCAUGCGAUGUGAAGAACCUGAAUAUGUUAAUAAAACGUAGCAGGAAAACUAUGAAAGGAUCGGACUUGUAUAAUCGGUCCAGAGAAACUAGGGACGAGGGCCC